UCGCCUUCUUUCAGAUCAAGAUUAACAUGCUUUUACCCACAAAUACUUUAAGAUAACAAUCCCCAUUUUGUCUUGCAGGGCACGGGCUACCUGAAGAGGGCCAAGACUGAGCAGCUGCGAGAGAUCUUCAACAAGUAUGCCUCCGUUGAUAAGCAUGGCGAGAAGUACAUGACUGCAAAGGACUUUGUGAGGAAUUACCUUGGACUCUACACUGAACCCAACUUCAACCCGUCCUCCAUCACGCUCUUGGGCGGCAUUCUGGACACCAGCAAGGAUGGACUCAUCUCCUUUGCUGAGUUCCAUGCCUUCGAGGGCCUGCUGUGUGUGCCUGAUGCUCUCUACAAGACUGCCUUCCAGCUGUUUGAUACUAAGGGAACUGGAAUGGUUACUUUUGAGGAAUUUAUGGAGGUGAUAAAACAAACAACACUGCAUCAGAGAGUUCCCUUCAAUUUUGAGAGCGACUUCGUUAAGAUGUAUUUUGGCAAGGAUAGAAAUCGUUCUGUCAACUAUGUGGAGUUCAGCCAGUUCCUACAUGACUUCCACGAGGAACACGCAGUGCAAGCCUUCAAGUCUUUUGACAAGGAGGGGACUGGCUUCAUCACAGCCAUGGACUUCAAUGACAUCAUGUUGAAUAUCAAGUCGCAUCUUCUGACAAUUCCUGUGCAAAAUAAUCUUGUUGCAGCUGCUUCUAGCCAUAAAGUGAGUUUCCCAUUCUUCAUGGCUUUCAAUUCCUUGCUCACAAAUAUGGAGCUGUCAAAACGUAUCUAUCUCAAUGCUUCAGCUGGAUCGCGUACACAGGAAGUUACAAAAGAGGAAUUCCUGCAUUCGGCUCAGAUGAUGUCGCAGAUCACACCCCUAGAAGUGGAGAUUCUCUUCCACCUGACGGAAUUAAUCAGCGAGAGCUCUGGGAAAAUUGUGUACAGUGACUUGGAAACCUUAACUCCUGAGCAGUACAUGAAGGUGAUCACACGUAAACUGACUGACAUCAAAGCUGUCCAUAGUCCAGAGCAGCGUGGAGCAUUGAUCCAGGUGCUUGAACAAGUGUACAGGUUCUCUCUUGGUUCCCUGGCUGGUGCUGUUGGUGCUACUGCCGUGUAUCCAAUUGACUUGGUGAAGACAAGAAUGCAGAAUCAACGUACUGGUUCCUACAUCGGUGAAUUGAUGUACCGUAAUUCCUUUGAUUGUUUCAAGAAGGUGAUUCGUCAUGAAGGUGUCAUGGGCUUGUAUCGUGGCUUGGUGCCUCAGCUGAUUGGUGUAGCCCCUGAAAAGGCUAUUAAGCUCACCAUGAAUGAUUUGGUCCGUGACAAGUUGACGGAUAAGAAAGGAAAUAUUACUUUUGCUAGUGAAAUGUUUGCUGGUGCUUGUGCUGGUGGGUCUCAGGUGAUCUUCACCAAUCCACUUGAAAUUGUAAAGAUUCGUCUACAAGUGGCUGGAGAAAUUGCGACAGUGAAGAAAAUAUCAGCAGUUUCAGUAAUCAAGGAGUUAGGAUUUCUUGGACUGUACAAGGGAGCGCGAGCUUGUUUCCUGCGAGACAUACCAUUUUCUGCUAUUUACUUCCCUGUCUAUGCACACUCGAAACAAUUACUUGCUGAUGAAAAUGGUUAUAAUUCACCAUUAACACUGCUGAUUGCUGGUGCUAUUGGUGGUGUCCCUGCAGCCUCUCUGACAACACCAGCUGAUGUCAUUAAGACACGCCUGCAAGUAGCAGCUCGAGCUGGCCAAACAACCUACUCUGGGGUGUUUGAUGCAGCUAGAAAAAUUUUCAAAGAGGAAGGUGGCAAAGCCUUCUGGAAGGGAGCACCAGCUCGUGUGUUCAGGUCCUCUCCACAGUUUGGUGUUACACUGGUGACCUAUGAAGUUUUGCAGAGACUCUUCUAUGUUGACUUUGGUGGCAGUCGUCCAAAGGGCUCGGAGGCUCAGCUCCCUGCCUCUGCUGCAGAUCUGCGUUCUACUAACCCAGACCAUGUUGGAGGGUACAAGGUUGCCGUUCCUAUCUUUAGAGGCAUUGAAUCAAAGUUUGGCCUCUUCCUUCCUCGUUUUGCGUGAGAACAGAAAGAGAGAUAUUGUGUAUAUUUUGGGGUGUAGUUAAUUAUUUUUUAGAAUUCUGUGCUCUGAUUUUACUAUUUAUUUUAUAUAGCUGAUAAUUUAAAGAAAGAAAGAAGAAGAAUUCCUUUUAAAUAUUUCCUGUUUUAAUAUUUAUGACAUGUUCUUUAGAAGUGAUUUUAUGAAGUCUGGAAAUACCAUGUUAUGUUCAUGAUGUGUAUAUAUAUGUAAACUUUUUUGUUUUUUCCUUGUUUUCAUACUCACUGAAAAUUAAAUUUUAGAAAAUGUGGUUCACAUCAAGUUAUACAUUUAAAUUAAUUUGUGAGAUGUCAUUUACAUUGUAAGAAGAAUAAAAGGGAAUUAUUGGAUGCUUUCCAUCCAUGUAAUCUGAUUAAUGUCAAACAUGUAAGACAUUUUGAAAUGGAAGACUCGAAGAAAAAAUAUUUUUUUUCUUUAUUCCUUAUAACAACAGGAACUGGAAUGAACUCAAUAGCACCUCUAUGUGAUUCAUAUGUACAGGGUAGUGUCAAACUAGUUGAACCUUUCCUUUCAUAUUCAUAGGACAGUAUAAAAAUGCAAUAGAAAACCAAAAGCUUGUUCCACUGUGAAGUUUACAUGAGCUCUCAGAGUAUUUGUAUAGGUCAGUUAGCAAAGCUGAGUUUGAGUUUCAUGUGUGAUCAAAUAUGUCACUAGCAAUGUACAUAGGGUUUUGUGCUGUGACCCAGUUAUUAUAUGAAAUAGAUAUCCAAUUACCUUUUGAAAUAAGUGAAGUUGUUAUCUGAAAUGCCUUUUACCUAAGUACAUUUAGCCUUGAUUAGUAGAGGUAGGCUUCAUACCUGAAUUUCAGUAGAUUGUUAUGAAUGUAUAUUAAUAAGAUCUCCUAAGGCAUGUGUGAUAACAGCAGGCUUUGAAGCCCAUGAAAAAGGAUAUACUGGUACAUGUAAAAGGUUGGUUUUGACAUCUUUCAUACUGGAUAUCUCACUGGACUAUGAAUAUGUAAAACACUAAAGAUUUGAAAAGAUCUGUUUAUUUUUAUUCUCUUAGCUCUUCAGAUAAACUGCAAUUUGACAUGUGGAUAUAGAGCACACUGUAGUAUUGAAUUCUCAAUAGAAAAUGUAUAUGACUUUAACUAUGGCAAUAAUCUGUAGAUAAAAAUAAAAUCAAUGGCAACUCUUGUACAGCUGUAUUUGUACAAAAAGUGAGUUAUCUAUUGAUAGAGGACCUACAGAUAUAGACUUUGAGAAAGAAAUGGGCCUCAAGCCACAUUGAUCACAUUACACUGAAGAGCAUAUUUGAAGCUUUUUUCUCCUGGCAGUACAGAGUAGCUCACUAAAUAAAGUAUAAAUAUAAAGA